GGAAAGUCAGUUGAAAGGAUAAAGCACACCUGCCCAGGUGACACUGCCCAGUGGAGAGGACGCAGCAUGGGGAACCAGGUCACCAGGGAUGACUUUGAGUGGGUCUAUACGGAUCAGCCUCAUACAGAGAGAAGGAAGGAGAUCUUGGCCAAGUAUCCUGAGAUCAAGAAGCUGAUGGGUCCAGAUCCUCAGCUGAAGUGGGUGGUGUCUCUGAUGGUGCUGACCCAGCUGGUGGCCUGCUACUUGGUGAAGGACCUGCCUUGGAAGUGGGUCUUCUUCUGGGCUUAUGCCUUCGGGGGCUGCCUCAACCACUCCAUGACGUUGGCCAUCCACGACAUCUCCCACAACGUGGCCUUCGGCAACAAGAAGGCCAAGUGGAACCGCUUCUUUGGCAUGUUUGCCAACCUGCCCGUCGGAGUCCCCUAUGCCACCUCCUUCAAGAAGUACCACGUCGACCACCACCGCUACCUGGCCGGGGAUGGGCUCGACGUGGAUGUCCCCACGGCCUUCGAGGGACGGUUCUUCCACUCGCCGCCCCGCAAGAUCCUCUGGCUCUUUCUGCAGCCCAUCUUCUACGUCCUGCGGCCUCUCUAUGUCAACCCUAAGCCCUUCACCGCCCUGGAGGUGAUCAACUUCGCCAUGCAGCUGGCUUACGACCUCUUGAUCUACUCCUUGUGGGGGCCCAAGCCCGUCUUCUACAUGAUCGCCGGCUCCACGCUGGCCAUGGGGAUCCACCCCAUCUCCGGACACUUCAUCGCCGAGCACUACAUGUAUCUCAAGGGUUACGACACCUUUUCCUACUAUGGGCCCUUGAACUGGCUGACCUUCAACGUGGGUUAUCACAUGGAGCACCACGAUUUCCCCAGCAUCCCGGGCAGCAAGCUGCCACUGGUGAAGAAGAUUGCUGCUGAGUACUACGACCAUCUGCCCUACCACACCUCCUGGGUCUGCGUCCUCUGGGACUUCGUCUUCUGUGACUCACUGGGGCCCUUUGCCCGCGUGAAGAGGAAGUACAAAGUGGCCAAGGCGGAGUGAAACAAGAGGGUCACCCAACCAA